CCCCUUGCAGCCUCCAUCCUGUGCCCCGCAGCCAGCUUUGGUCCCCACGCCAAGAGGAGGGCGGCCAGUGGAAAUUGCUGUGCUGGCACUGCAAGCAAUCGCAUCGCAGCCUCCUUGUUAUUUAUUUAUUUUGAUGGUAACUCCGCGGCCGCCGCAGCAGCAGCAGCAGCAGCGAUGGUCGAGUCAGCGAGAAAAGCAGCUGGAGCCCGUUAAAGGCAACAGGAGCCGGCUGGGUAGGGGAGCCCAACCUGGGCUGUGUGUGAGAUUGACACUCCACCCUUGGGACACUCACAAGAGAACCCCCAUACUUCCCUUCCCCUCCUCCUGCCCCUCUGAAGUUCUCCACUCCAUAGCCCUCCCUUACCUGGUUUGCUUCAUCCCAGACUCCUUUGCCCUCAUCUAUUUCUCCUUCACCUUUCUGGGGGUUUCCAUCUCUGACCCUCAUCCUCUACCCCCUCCCCCAAAGCUCUCCAUCCUAGACCCACGGUUACUCCCUCUAAGGCUUUGCAUUCCAGUUCCUCCCCAUCCUUCUCCCCUGAGUCUUUUGGCUCUCCACUACAGACUCCUCUCCCCCACCUAAGGUGUCACUUUAUAUCCCUGGGACUCCCCCAGCCCCUGCCACUUGUGCCACCAUGACAGUGAUGGCUGGAGAGAACAUGGAUGAGACUUCUGUCCUGCCAGGCCACCCCCAAGAUAGCUACCAGCCAGGAGCCCAUGAUGACCAUGAGUGCUGUGAGCGGGUGGUGAUCAACAUCGCCGGGCUGCGCUUUGAAACCCAGCUGAAGACCCUUGCCCAGUUCCCCAACACGCUGCUGGGCAACCCCAAAAAGCGCAUGCGGUACUUUGACCCGCUGCGCAAUGAGUACUUCUUUGACCGGAACCGGCCCAGCUUCGAUGCCAUCCUCUAUUACUACCAGUCUGGAGGCCGGCUCCGCAGGCCGGUCAACGUGCCGCUGGACAUGUUCUCUGAGGAGAUCAAGUUCUAUGAACUAGGUGAGGAGGCCAUGGAGAAAUUCCGGGAGGAUGAAGGGUUCAUCAAAGAGGAGGAGAGGCCCUUGCCUGAGAAGGAGUACCAGCGCCAAAUAUGGCUCCUCUUUGAGUUCCCAGAGAGCUCUGGGCCAGCCAGGGUCAUUGCAAUAGUCUCAGUCAUGGUGAUCCUCAUUUCUAUAGUCAUCUUCUGCCUAGAAACUUUGCCAGAUCUGAAGGAAGACAAGGAAUCUACAGGGAUUCUUCACCGCAUUGACAAUUCUACUGUGAUCUACAAGUCCAACAUUUUCACUGACCCCUUCUUCAUUGUGGAGACCCUUUGUAUCAUCUGGUUCUCCUUUGAGCUGGUGGUGCGCUUCUUCGCCUGCCCCAGCAAGCCCGAGUUCUUCAAGAAUAUCAUGAACUUCAUUGACAUAGUGGCCAUCAUCCCCUACUUCAUCACCCUAGGAACUGAGAUGGCUGAGCAGGAAGGUACCCAAAAGGGGGAGCAGGCCACCUCUCUGGCUAUCCUGAGAGUCAUCAGACUGGUAAGAGUCUUUAGAAUCUUCAAACUCUCCAGACAUUCUAAGGGCCUCCAGAUUUUGGGUCAAACCCUCAAAGCAAGCAUGAGAGAGUUAGGUUUACUAAUCUUCUUCCUCUUCAUUGGGGUGAUCUUGUUCUCCAGCGCGGUGUAUUUUGCUGAAGCUGAAGAACCUGACUCUCAUUUCUCAAGUAUCCCCGAUGCUUUCUGGUGGGCUGUGGUAAGCAUGACCACUGUGGGCUAUGGUGACAUGUACCCUGUGACAAUUGGAGGCAAAAUUGUAGGCUCAUUGUGUGCCAUCGCUGGUGUGCUGACAAUUGCCCUGCCUGUACCUGUCAUCGUGUCCAACUUCAACUACUUCUACCACCGAGAAACAGAAGGGGAAGAACAGGCUCAGUUACUCCAUGUUAGCUCCCCCAAUUUAGCAUCUGACAGUGAUCUGAGUCGCCGUAGCUCCUCCACAAUCAGCAAAUCUGAGUACAUGGAAAUCGAAGAGGAUAUGAAUAAUAGCAUAGACAAUUUUAGAGAGGCUAAUCUCAGAACUGGCAACUGCACCAUAGGCAACCAAAACUGUGUUAAUAAAAACAAGCUGCUGACUGAUGUGUAAAAAAACAAAACAAAACAAAAAACAUUCUCAGCUGGAAGACUUUACGUGACUCAGUCACACUUUGUAGAUGCUUUACUAAUAGUCUUUGAAUGCUUUAUUUACCUCGUAAAUGCAUUGUUGCAUUGCGAAUUUUUGCUCAGUGAUCAAGAAGCUUUCAGGAACCAUGAAAAAUAAUGUUUUUGGUUAUUUUUAAAGGGUAUUUUCCAACUGGUAAAUGAUAACCAUUUGAAUUAGUCUAGUGAUAAAAACUAGUCAUAUGCUUCUAAAUCUAAACUUUUUUUCAUCCUUGUUGCUUGUUUAACUUAAUUUUAAACAAAACACAAUAGACAAUUUUAGAGAGACAAAAUAUGCAUGGAUUCACGUAAAACAUUCUGCAAAACUGCACAAUGCAUCCAAGAAAGUGCAUCAGAUGAAAACUUCAGCAAAAAUAUGCAGCAAGCAUUUGCUGCUGUUUUGAUCAACUGAAGUGUGAAUUUCCCCUCUUUUGUGAAAAGAGUAUGUAGUUCCUAUCUACAAAUUCAUGCAGCACCUUAUUAAAAAUACACUUAAGCCUGGUCUUGUUGCUGUACCCUUAUCAUAGAAGAGCUAUUCUAUAAGAGAAAAAAAAAGAUAAAACAUCUGCAGUGCUGCUAAGUUUUCUUAAGUGCAGAUGGUUUAAACAUUAUUUUCCCCUCUCCAGGACUGGAAGCAAAACUUUUAGUCCCUUUGUUGCAAAAUAGCACAAUGGAGUUUAAUAUAAGCAUGUCUGAAUUUGAUACUAUUUACUUUAUAAUCGCAUGCCUGAAACAUUACCUCAGAUGAUAGGGGAUAAGCUUUUGUUUGUAAUGAAUCUUCUAAAAAUAGGUUCUUUAUCUUUUCUUUUUGAUUUUGCAUUCACCAAAAGUGCACUCCUUAAUUUAUUAAAUAUUUGAUUAGUAAUUUAAAGUACUGUAUUUAAGCGUGUAUGUUAGUCAAAUGGGAACAAUAACUUUUGGAGAUCAAAGCAUGUUCAAAUAUUCAGCAUUAUGGCCUAAAUGACUAAGGUGUAACUUGAAUUAAUUAAUGCAUGAAUUCAGUAAUUAUAAUAAUAAUAAUAAUAAUAAUUAAUAAAGCACUUGUUGAAUUGAGGGCCAGAAGGAAUUGAAUAGAGAGACCUGAUGAGUUUCCUGCAUGGCUCAGGGAAAUGUGUUGGCUUCUGUCCAGGCACUGUUAGAAAGGAACAUAUCCCAUCCCUUAAAGGGAAAGCUAUAUGGACAAUUAAGAACUUGUAUCCUUUGUAGGUGAAAUGCCUUUGGGUGCAGUCUCAGAAUGUAAAUGAAACUUAUCUAUGGUGGUAUGCAUCCAAACAGCAGUAGCCAAUUUCUUUUGCAGCCAUAAUUUGAGGUCUCUAGAUUUUUGUGCUCCCCUAUAACUCACUGAAGAGACACAACCGAUUGAUUUAGAUAGUUGCUUAGUGCCUUUAUCCCUGUCUACUGAAUUGCUGAAAGUGCCUCCGUGAAUAGAGCUGAUCAGAAGUAGUGAAGGAAGGGGCAAGUCACCAACACACAACCUGGACUGUACUGUGCUGUCUCCAGGCAUAGCAGAAAAAGAGAGAGAGAGAAGAGGAGGACAGAGACCACCAGCGCCCAAGGACACCUUCCUUCCCCUGGCAAUGUGCUGCUGCAGGGCUCAGCAUUUGCCUCUGCCAAAUAAGUCACAAUCAUGUUUAUGCAAGACUCAAAGUUUCCCCAGAUUGUUUAUAGAGGCAAUGCUGCCCUCAUCGUUUUUGACUUUCCUUCCCCCGAGAUGGCUCUUUGGCAGCCUGCCCCAAAAGGGCAGAACACAAGAGGAAUGACUUACUUACUGCAGCAUCAACCAGGCAGGCAACCAGAUUGGAGGGCUGCAACUUUUUUUCCCUUUGGACUCCUCAGGAGGUAGGUGAGAGAAGCAUCCCAUUUCUGAGCCAAGCACACUUCCCUGCCUUCUUCCUGGCCCCCUUCACUAAACUCCCUCAGCUACCCCAUAGAUUUUUAAAUGCCAGUGCAGAUCUUUCAAACCUCCCUCCCCACUGUGGCCUGGUGGAGGGUAACAAUGCUGAGAGAAGGAAUCUUCUUGGGUAUUGUCUAGACUACAUGGCUUUGCUGACAGAGCCAUGUAAACUAGCUUACCUGAUCUAGCUUACCUGUAAACCUCGUUUCACGAGGCAUAAGGGAGCGGUCGACAAAGGCGUUCCCUGUUGACAGAUCCGUGUCUUGACUGCCGCGCUGUGCCCAAUCAGCUGAUUGUCAGCACAGCGUGGUGGCCAUUUUUAUUUUAAUGACGCGGGGAUUAUUUAAAUCCCCGCUUCAUUGACUAUAUCGGGUAAGUUAGUUUACAUGGCUCUGUCGGCAGAGCCAUGUAGUCUAGACAUACCCCUUCAGUAUGCAAGCCUUGACCAGUAGCCACUAAAAGAUAACAGCUUUCAACCUGAGCCAACAUAGGCACUAACCUUUAUUUUUUUCUUUAAAGGACAAAGUUGAGGAUCUUCAUUCUGCACUUAGUAUGUGGCCAGCUGCUGUUGGGUCAUUUCCUAUACACAGGCCCCCUUUUGUCCCCACCCUGGUCACCCACAUAGCAUGGCACUUAUGGUCUAAAACCACACUAACUCUGCAGUUGUGCACAAGUCUAACGUGCCAGGUUGACAGAAAGGCUUGCCUUCUCACUGUGUGGUGUCCAUUUAAUAUUAAUGAUGGGGAAGUGAUCAGAGGCAUCUCAAAGAACUGCAACGUGUCUGAUGAAACAGGGCAUUACACUAGCCAGAUAGAUGAGAUAAUGCUUCCUGCCCCCCCAAACACACCCUUCCCGCUGGAAUUAAACUCUGGCAGUCACAAUCUUUCACAGUUGAGGAUACAACUUCUCAUGCUUAGACUGACUUGCAUGCUGCACUCGGUUCGAAACAGCAAUACUCAGUUCAGUGCUGUGGGCCAGCUGAUCAGAAAGUAGCACCCUAGAGACAAGGCCUCACGUUAGCAAGAGGCUUCUACAGUAGUUGGGUAGCUGCACCUUCCUUUAACUACCAGAGGAAUGAUUAUUCUGCAUGUGUCAAGAGAAAAGAGCUGCAUGCAGCCGGGAGGGGGGGGGGGGGGGGGGGGAAUCUGAUUUUUUUUCUUUUAUCAGGGAAUAGGGUGACUCAUAAGGGUGUGUGGUGUCUUGGGGAGUCUGUUGCUUACCCAUUUCUAACUCAUUACAAAGGAACUAAACGUACAGAGUACAGGGAUUAACCUCAUGUAGCAUUGGCAUGCAUUUCUGGCAAGUUUGACAAAAAAGCUCUCCCCUUUGCACUCAAUGUGCCGAAAUGUCUUUGUAGGCCUGACGGUGCACUUAACAGUUGCCUGUUCUUACCAAUAAAUGUCCUUUUCUUUUUUACAUUUUCUUUUCUACUGUAUUUUUUUGGGUGGCUAGCUUGAGCUCUAAAAGGAAUGUUUCCUUCGGUGGGACGGGACUGGAAAUGGGCUGAUGGCCAAUUUGUAGUCUCUCCAAAGGUGAGAGAGAAGCCCAAGUUCAAUAGUUUGGUUUAGGGAGAGUUUUCUGUGCAAGAGUUGUCAGAAAUUAGCAUGUUCUUAACUGGAAAACUGUGUAAGGUGCUAAGUCGCAACAGCUGAUCUGUUCAAGAGAGAAUGAAAAAAGGUAUUGUGGUCACCUUCUUUACUGGAACUGGUGGAAAGAAGAAUGCUACAAUAAAGGGCCAAAUUCAUUGGUGGCGUAACUCCACUGAAGUCAACACACUUGAUUCUCUUUGUACUUCAGCUAGCUUGACUGUGCAACUCCAUUGACUUACCCGACAUAUCCUGGGUCAGUGAGGUGUAAAUGAA